AUGCUUCGUUCGAUUGUUCUCCUGGUUCUGGGUGCUGUGACCGCUAGCUCGGCCCACUUUGUGAUUCCCAACGAUGACCAAGACAUGUCCGGUCUCACCGUCAACUCGAUCCCUGCUUCGAAGAGGGUCGAGUACAUGCGAAAAGCGAACGAGGCCCUAUUCAGACAAAGCGGGCCCUGCCCCUUUGCCGCGUUUGGCACCAUCAUUGUUAACCAUACGAGCGACGAAGUCGUCUGCGAAGGCGCAAACUUCAGAACCGGGGAUCCGACCAUUCACGGAGAGAUAUCAGCCAUCAACGCAUGCACGGCCAGGUUUGCUGAACAGGGCAUGACUCCUUCCGAGAUCUACGCAGCAUGGGGAGACCUCUCCAUCUACACGAACGCGGAAUCGUGCCCAAUGCAUAAUUACAACGUCGGUUGGGGCGUAAUGACUCUUAGUAGUUAUGACGUCUUUCAGCAGUCUCGUCAGUUGCCAGGAUACCAGACCGUCAUGAUCGGACAGAUCCUGACAAACGAGACGGAUCCCUUGUUCUCGUGGCAGUAUAACGCAAGUGCCCCGUGUCCUAACGAGUGCUUCCGGGUUCCCAGCGCGACCAGGGGCGGGACCACAUGCUCCAACAUCACUGUCUCCAGGAGGGACUACGAGGCCCUGUGA